AUGGGGAGCCGUCCCACCCUUAGGCUUCAGAGAACUACAUCGGCGGGGUACCGAUUGCCCCCGACCAAGGUACCUGCUUCAGGUUCUUUGGCUGCUAGGGAUGGUCGUGGGUCACGCAGGGUUCCUGCUGCCGUCCGCCAGGAGCCCCAGGCCCCGAAGGCCGGCCGGGGGACCCCUGGAGGUGAGGGCGUGCAACAGGACCAGCUGUGGAGGGAGCGCCUGGAAGCCGAGCAGCGAAGCCAGCGGCGCUGGACUCACAACUGGAGUUUUCUGAAAGACUAUGAUCCGAUGGGUAAUAAGAAGGAGCAGCCGACAUUGCCGGAGUACGUGCCUCUCUUCUCAGACACAGUCCCCAACUCGACCAACCAGGUUGUGGGCAGCAGAGUGGACACACCUCUGGGGAAAGUGCUCAUAAACAUGGACUACUUUUUUAUGGAAGGAGCUCGGAAGAAGAAGCUUGAAGAAGAGUUGCAGCCCAUCUAG